CACAUCGACAUGCGCCGCUGUCGCAGCAGCGGCUGUGAUUUCAUGGAGACCACUGCAAGUGGAGCAGCUUGUUUUCCUGUUUACACUGCCUCCAGUUGUGCCAAAAUCGAAUUUAGCGUUGCUUUCAACCAGGAAAAAACAUGAACCCGAGUAUUCACUCAUUUAUUUUUAGCCGCGUGGGCGUGCAGCAUGGUUGAGAUGUAGGAAACGGCGGCCAGCUCCGGUGUUUGGACCUGCUUUGUGUUCACAGAUCAGUCCGUUUGCAGUCUCUCUGGAAUGCAUUUCUCCAAGAAAUGUUCAGCUUUCAAAGUGGUGCUGAGUGCUCUGCUGAUAGUGGCGCUCCUGCAGCUCAUAUACCUGUCCUUCCUGUCCAGGUUUCAUGGGAAGCAGCAGCGGUACCGCUACUCUGAGCUCUUUGGGGGAUCUGCGGCCAAGAAAAAUGCGCAUACGGAGAAGAACAGCAGGAAAGAGCGUCUGAGGUAUUCCCUGUCCACCGGUGGGAUCUUCGACAACAGCGGCCAGUACAGAGUCUACAAGAACCUGAUCAAAAGUGAUUUCACCACAAAUCAGAUUUCAGCCUCUGACCCUAAAUCCAAUGUCCUGGCCUUGGGCACUCACACCACCAUCAACAACCUGCAUCAGCUGGAGUCCCUGCUGGAGAGGUGGCAGAACCCGCUCUCUGUGGCCAUAUUCGCACAUGGGGAAGAUGUCAAGUUUGCCACUGCUCUGGUGUAUGCUCUCAGCUUCUUCUGCCCUCGCAUCCAGGCCCUGGUGGACUUCCACCUGGUGUGUCUGUCGGGGGAGACGGCCAGCUUCCCCGAACAGGACCGAGAGCACUUCGCUGGGCUCGAAGACUGUGCUUCUGUUUUUUCCAGACUGGAAACUCACAGAGACAAAUACAAAAACUACGUCAUCAGUGGGAACAUUUCUUAUCCCAACAACCUUCUCCGCAACAUCGCCCGGAGUGGCACAGAGUCGUCGUACAUCCUUGUCAUCGACAUUGACAUGAUGCCAAACGCCGACCUGCACCAGCAGUUCCUGGCUAUGAUCAUGAGGCGUGAGCCAGCGAGCGACGAGGUGUUUGUCCUGCCUGCCUUUGAGAUCCGCCAUCCCAGGAAGAUUCCUGCCACCAAGACGGAGCUGGUGCAGCUCUACCAGGUGGGGGAGGUCCGGCCGUUUUACGAAGAGCUGUGCCCUCGAUGUCAAGCCCCCACCAACUACUCACAGUGGGUCAACAGCCACGUUAGAGGGACGGGGACCAUGGAAGUUGCUUACACACUCAACUGGGCGGACCCCUGGGAGCCUUUCUACAUUGGACCCCGCACCGUACCCCUCUAUGAUGAGAACUUCAAGCAAUACGGCUUCAACCGGAUUAGCCAGGCCUGCGAGCUCCACGUGGCCGGUUACAGGUUCUCCGUGCUGAGCUCCGCCUUCGUCGUCCACCGUGGCUUCAAGAUCCAGGGGGAGUUCCACGCCAAAAAAGACGAGGAGAACAAACGCAACCGGGUUCUGUUUCGCAGCUUCAAAGAGGGCCUGAGAGCAAAGUACCCAUCCUCCACCCGAAGAUGCUGAAAAAGAGAUGAAGGCUUUGUUCCUGUAUGGUUCCAUCUCUAGUGGAGCUCUCCCUGCCCAGCGUUCAAAGUCGGCACGUAAAUGGCCUAGUUUUCCCCGACUCUUCUGAUGAUGCCAUAGUUGCAAGUGUGAUCCUGUCUGACUCUUGAGGUUUAGUUCACCUACCUUUGAAAAUGGGGACUUGAGAGAAACAGUUGGGACUAAAAGAGAGAAAUGGUCUUUCAGAAGUGAUGAAAAUUAUCCAAUAAUCUCAAGUUUGUUAUGUUUGUUUUGAGUGAAAUGCACAUUCAGAGGCUGGAAUGCAUCUGAUACAACUUAAUAUUAAAGCACAGAGGGUAUUUAUUCUAUUUUAAAAUCAUUUCUGAAGUAGUCCAGAUACUCAGAUAGACAUCGCAGCUGCAACAUGAAAACUUGACGUAUUUAAAGAUGAACAAAAGUCCUAAAUGUCGCAGUUUGUUAUUUUAUGCCAGUUGAUCAAAAUGUUCCUUGUUCUUUUAAUCAUAUCUGAAUCCACUUUUGAACACAAUGCCUUGAGGACUACAUAAACUAAAAAAAAACAAACGUAAAUCAUGCAGAAAGCAAAGCUACGACAUGGAUUAUGUGUAUUUGUUUGCAGUGAGGCAUCAGGAGGACAGUUAAUGUUCACAGCCUUGAUUUAUGCAGCAGGUCUCUUUUUGGCUGUUGGUUUCCCAAAGACAGGGCCGCUGUGUUGAUGCUGAUAAUUUUACAAAAGAAAAUAUUAGUUUCAGAUUUUGCUUUUCAAGGGAAAACACAAUAUGCAUGAUACAGACUUACUAGUUUCCGUCUGACUUAAAAUCAGCGUAUUAGGCUUCCACACAAAUCUGAUACGUGUUGAGCUGUUUUAAGCACCAACUCAGUAGCAACCAUGUAAAAUAAAUCUGAUAAUUGUGCCAGAACCGAUCAAUUUCUCCACAAAAGCAUGAUGUCUGAUUAAAAACUCGGAGUGACUCCAAAAGUGCGGUGACGCUUCAGGCUGUCAGUAACGUCUCUUGACCACUAGAUGACGACAUCGCUGUUUUCCGCAGCCGGCGGCACAUUUGAAAAGUUUUCACUCCCUGAGUGAAAAGAAGUUAGGACUGAAAAAUAUUACAGUUAGACUCGUUGCACAACACUGGAAGACUGCUUUACUGUAAC